GGCCAGCGCGGCGGCGGCGGCGGCGGCGGCGGCAGCAGCAGAAGCAGCCCCGGCUGCGGGUCGCGACGGCGGCGGGGCGCCCCCUCCCCCGUGCCGGGGCGCGGCGGAGGGAUGUGGGGCUUUGCGGGAGGAAGGCUUUUCGGCAUUUUCUCGGCCCCAGUGCUGGUGGCGGUGGUGUGCUGCGCCCAGAGCGUGAACGAUCCCGGGAACAUGUCCUUUGUGAAGGAAACGGUGGACAAGCUGUUGAAAGGCUACGACAUUCGCCUAAGACCCGACUUCGGGGGUCCCCCGGUUUGCGUGGGGAUGAACAUCGACAUCGCCAGCAUAGACAUGGUUUCCGAAGUCAACAUGGAUUACACCUUAACCAUGUAUUUUCAACAAUAUUGGAGAGAUAAAAGGCUUGCCUAUUCUGGGAUCCCUCUCAACCUCACGCUUGACAAUCGAGUGGCUGACCAGCUAUGGGUGCCUGACACAUAUUUCUUAAAUGACAAAAAGUCAUUUGUGCAUGGAGUGACAGUGAAAAACCGCAUGAUCCGCCUUCACCCUGAUGGAACGGUGCUGUACGGGCUCAGAAUCACCACAACCGCAGCAUGCAUGAUGGACUUGAGAAGAUACCCCUUGGAUGAGCAGAAUUGCACGCUGGAAAUUGAAAGCUAUGGCUAUACCACAGAUGACAUUGAAUUUUACUGGCGUGGCGGCGAUAAGGCUGUCACUGGAGUGGAGAGGAUUGAGCUCCCACAGUUCUCUAUUGUGGAGCAUCGUCUAGUCUCAAGGAAUGUUGUCUUUGCCACAGGUGCCUAUCCUCGGCUCUCACUGAGCUUUCGGUUGAAGAGAAACAUUGGAUACUUCAUUCUCCAGACUUACAUGCCCUCUAUACUAAUUACGAUUCUCUCAUGGGUGUCCUUCUGGAUCAAUUAUGAUGCAUCUGCGGCUAGAGUUGCCCUUGGGAUCACGACCGUGCUGACGAUGACAACCAUCAACACACACCUUCGGGAGACAUUACCCAAAAUCCCCUACGUCAAAGCCAUUGACAUGUACCUCAUGGGCUGCUUUGUCUUUGUGUUUCUGGCCCUUCUGGAGUAUGCCUUUGUCAACUACAUUUUCUUUGGAAGAGGCCCACAAAGGCAGAAGAAGCUUGCAGAAAAGACAGCCAAGGCAAAGAAUGACCGUUCCAAGAGUGAAAGCAACCGGGUGGAUGCUCAUGGAAGUAUUCUGUUAACAUCGCUGGAGGUUCACAAUGAAAUGAAUGAGGUCACGGGCGGUGUUGGUGAUACCAGGAAUUCAGCAAGACCCUUUGACAACUCAGGAAUCCAGUACAGGAAACAGAGCAUGCCUAGGGAAGGGCAUGGGCGACACAUGGGGGACAGAAGCAUCCCGCACAAGAAGACCCAUCUACGGAGGAGGUCUUCACAGCUCAAAAUUAAAAUCCCUGAUCUAACCGAUGUGAAUGCCAUAGACAGAUGGUCCAGGAUCGUGUUUCCAUUCACUUUUUCUCUUUUCAACUUAGUUUACUGGCUGUACUAUGUUAACUGAGUGACUGUACUUGAUUUUUCAAAGACUUCAUUUAACACUGAGUGAAAUAUUA